GGUCCAGGGCGAGGCCAGUUGGGGACCUGGGGCUGGGCGCCGUCUAUCCACCCACAUCCACCACCGUGGCAUAGCAGCGGAAACAGAGAGCAACACCAACGCAAACCCGUUCACCUCGCCCGCUCCAGCGGUCUCACCGGCGCCGCACCGUGCUUCCUCCUCUCCCCUCAAGCCCAAGGCCGCCGCCUCCGGUAACCGAGCUCUGCUCUCUCCCCGCCCCGCCCCUCCCCGCCCCGCCUUGAAUUUCUCGUUCCCCGCCGGACCGGUCUUCCGCGAACCCUGUAGCAUCGUCCUCCUCUCGUCUUGGUACCUGAACGCCAGUUCUGCAACUAGAAACAGAUUGACCAGCAUUUUUAGGGAUUAGAGGGACAUGCCCCGCACUUUUUUACAUAGGAUUUCUAGCACUGCUCUUGUUAAUUCAGGUGUGGUGAUUGUGCCGCUCCAGCCGUGGUGAUCGACGGCCCGUGCACGGUUUCGGACCUGUUGCAUUGCAUAUAAGAUGCAAGGCAUAUCUGUGUGCGAUUCGGUCGUCUCGCCCCAUGGAACAAGCUGCAGAUCAGCUUGUGUUGCCAGGAAUGAUCUGAGGUUCUGUUACAAAAUAAAUCCAGUAAGCCAUGGGGCAUGCGCGUGGCGCUGGUGUGCGGAAAAGCUGCACGUGAGGACCGACCGCAGAAAAAUGAACACCACAGUAAGGACCAAUGCCAGAUGGUUCUUUGGGGGAGAUGCUCGUAAUAGCAACAGUGAUGGUAAUGCUAAGGCGAGGCUGGAGCGCAGUGAGUCUGCUAACGAAGACAUCUUGAUCUUCUACUUUCAGCUGGAUGUACAGACUCGGAUACAGUAUGCAUUGAAUAUAGAGCAAUUUGAUGCGGCAAAGCAAUUAAGGGAAAAGCUCGCUGAGAUGGAAACAGAGAUAAAUAGGCAGCGUGAAGCUAAAAGAGGUUCAUCGAAGAAUGAAGCUCAAGAUAAAUCUUUAAAUCUCCUACGUGCGCGUGCAGAUUUGCAGAAGGCCAUUGAGAGCGAGAACUAUGCUUUGGCAGCUGAGCUGCGUGACACAAUCGCUAAGCUUGAGGGUGAUUCUCUGGCACUCUCUGCUAAAGCCCUGGCUUACCAAAGUGUGAAAUAUGAGUUUCGACUAGGGCAAAAAGUACGCCACAAAGUACAUGGAUAUAGAGCUGUGAUAUGUGGCAUGGAUCCUGUGUGCUGUGAAUCUAAGUCAUGGAUGGAGACGGCAAAUGUGGAGAAGUUAUCUAAAGGACCAAAUCAACCUUUUUAUCAAGUGCUGGUUGAUGUAUAUGCUGAUCCAGAACUCCUUGUUGCAUAUGUCGCAGAAGAAAAUCUUUUAGAAGCUGACGAAUCAGAGAAAGGAAGGUUUGAGCACCCCUACACCGAAUUCCUAUUUUAUGGUGAGGACAUGGCUCGGGACUUCAUUCCUGUGAAGCAACUCCGUGAGAAGUAUGACCAGCCACGUUAUGAAGCUUCUGGAGAUGAAAAUGACGACGAUGGCACUACAGAUAGCUAAACGGAGUUUUUCUAAGAACAUUCCUUAUUCACCACCACCAAUGAGGAUGGGAGAAGAUAGAGGAUCGAAGUACUAUCUGUCGUAGCUACAGUACCACUGAGUGGGCAAGUGUAAUGAAGACCGAGUCAUCGUGGAAUUGCAAGAAGACACAAAAACCUGCAAUGAGAGGAGCUACAUGCAGUAUCUGACCUUGCAGAUUGGGGAGGCAUUGCACUGAUAAAAUGCGCAACUUCCUCCUGCCCUUUUGAGUGCAAGUGGUUCUAAAGUCAGUGAAUGUGAAGAAGAUCCUGAUGGAUAUUCAUUGUAUAUUUGGUCGAGUUUUACUGCAGCUCUGACCCCUCUGAUGGGCAUAUGUACAUAGCAUCAUACUUGCAAUUUUUCUGGAGUAUAUGGAAUAAGCAGGGCUUCACGUACA